CUCACGGGCGCGGCGAGGCCCGGGCUCCGCAUCCCUCCUCCGACUGGUCUCCGGCGGCCGAGCCAUGGCCUGGACGGCGGCGGCGCGUUGCUGUGGGGCCCGCGGCGCGCUCACGGCGCACACGCUCCUGUUCGACCUGCCGCCCGCGCUGCUGGGCGAGCUCUGCUCUGUCCUGGACAGCUGCGACGGCGAACUGGGCUGGCGCGGCCUGGCGGAGCGACUUUCAAGCACCUGGCUGGAUGUUCGUCACAUUGAAAAAUAUGUAGACCAAGGUAAAAGUGGAACAAGAGAAUUACUUUGGUCCUGGGCACAGAAAAACAAGACCAUCGGGGACCUUUUACAGAUUCUCCAGGAGAUGGGGCAUCAUCGAGCUAUCCAUUUAAUUGUGAACUAUGGAGCAGUCUUGAAUCCUUCAGAGCAGAGUCAUCAGGGAGAUGGAUUUCCAAACAUGUUACCCAAGGAAACAGCUAAUGUCACAGUGGAUAAUGUUCUUAUCCCUGAACGUAAUGAAAAAGGAAUAUUGUUUAAAUCCUCCAUGAGCUUUCAAAACAUCAGAGAUGGAACCAAAAAUUUCCACAAAGAUUUCCUAAUUGGAGAAGGGGAGAUUUUUGAGGUAUACAGAGCGGAGAUCCAAAACCGAACAUAUGCCAUUAAAUUAUUUAAACAGGAGAAAAAAAUGCAAUGUAAGAAACAAUGGAAGAGGUUUUUAUCUGAGCUUGAAGUUUUACUACUGUUUCAUCAUCCAAACAUACUGGAGUUGGCUGCCUAUUUUACAGAGAGUGAGAAGUUCUGCCUGGUUUAUCCAUAUAUGAGAAAUGGAUCCCUUUUUGACAGAUUACAGUGUGUAGGUAACACGGCCCCACUCUCUUGGCACAUUCGAAUCAGUGUUUUAAUAGGAACCUCCAAAGCCAUUCAGUACUUGCACAACACGGAGCCGUGCUCGGUCAUCAGCGGCAGUGUAUCAAGUGCAAACAUACUCUUGGAUGAUCAGUUCCACCCCAAACUAACUGAUUUUGGCAUGGCACACUUCCGGCCCCACCUGGAACAUCAGAGCUCUACCAUAAGUAUGACCAGCAGCAGCAGUAAACAUGUGUGGUAUCUGCCCGAAGAGUACAUCAGACAGGGCAAACUUUCCGUCAAAACGGACGUCUAUAGCUUCGGAAUUGUAAUAAUGGAAGUUCUGACAGGUUGUAAAGUGGUGUUAGAUGAUCCGAAGCAUAUCCAGCUGAGGGAUCUCCUUAUGGAAUUGAUGGAGAAGAGAGGCCUCGAUUCAUGUCUUUCAUUUCUAGAUAAGAAAGUGCAUCCCUGUCCUCGGAAUUUCUCUGCCAAGCUCUUCUCGUUGGCAGGCCAGUGUGCUACCACGCGGGCAAAGUUAAGACCGUCAAUGGAUGAAGUCCUAACCACUCUUGAAAGUACUCAAGCCAGGUUAUAUUUUGCUGAGGAUCCUCCCACGUCUCUAAAGUCCUUCAGGUGUCCUUCUCCUCUGUUCUUGGAGAACGUACCAAGUAUUCCAGUGGAAGAUGAUGAAAACCAGAAUAAUUGUUCACCACCUCAUGAUAAAGGUUUGAGAAAAGAUGGAGUGACUCAGAAAGUUCCAUUUGAAUGUAGCCAGUCUGAGGUUACGUUUCUGGGCUUUGACAGAAAGACAGGCAGUGAGAGAAAUGAGGAUGCCUGCAACAGGCCCAGUUCUUCUUGUCAAGAAAGUUGGCUUCCAAAGCAUUCCGCUCUAUCCCAGGACCCAAGUGCCUGUGGUACAUUUAUGGACCCUUCUGCAGAAACUCCAGGCCAUUCUUACAGGAGCAGGCCAGUGGAGACCAGCUGUUCCUGCAAUUUCUCCUGGAACAAAUGUGAACCAUACAAAAGAGAAUCGAUCUCACCAGAAGACAAAGAAGAAAGCAAGUAUUGCUAAGGCACCUGAGUACAGGUACCAUCUUGGGAAAACAUUGUCACCAUAAGUCAUGCUAUGAGGACUAUCGAUGGUGAGUUUGGGGGAUGCAGAUCAAUAAUCUGGACAAUGCUAUUCCUUCCUUCCCAAUUCCUAGGCUUACACCUAGGCUAAAUUAGAGCCGUUCAAAAUUACUUAAGAUCAUGAGCUCUGACCUCAGACAAACAAAACCUACCACAAAAGGGACUGGAUUCUCCUGUCUUCUUCAUCAGCAGCAUGAGCCCUCAGAGCCUCCAGUCUGCUAAGUAGGUUCAGUUCAGUUAAAUCCCAUUGUUCUGUUUAGCUUGCUCUCGAAGAUCGUAGGAACUGUCUAAUUUGUAAAUGUUAACAGAUGCCUUUUUAAGGAAUUACCUUUUUGUUUAUUUUAAUUAACACUUAGUAUUUUUUCUGUUCAUCCCUGUCAAGCCUGCCUGCCUGAAAAUGAGCCAGAUUCACUCUUGACUAUGACAUGUUCUCUGUAGAGAGGGGAGAGGGGAUUCUUGCCCAAGAUCUGGAUUUCUGUAUUUAAACUGUUAGGAUAGUUUAUCACAUAUCAUAUAGUUGUUAGCUAUUAUUACAAUUUUUUUUACAAACUUAGGAAUGAAUUUGACAUUCAUAAUCCUGAGUAGAAUUUAUGAAAUUUUAAUCAAGUAAAUUUUGUUUCUGAGAAAAUGGCUGGUCACAAGGGCCUAUGUCAGCUUUUUGUUUGAUCCUAUGCCUGCCAACUCUGUGCCUUUACUCCUCCUGUUUACUGGGUCUCCCCCUGUUGAAAUCCUACCCGGGCCGUCAAGGCCCCAGCAGAACUGCGUCUUCCAGGAAGCUUCCCCGAGCCGGAAGUACUCGCCUCAUCAGCAUUACCAUAGCAUUGUUUUUGUGUUUCUAUUAUAUACGUGUCACUUUCUGAAUUGUACCAAAGUUGCCUAUGCCGUCUUCUCUCUCUUACUGGGUUGUAAACUACCUGUAUUAAUGUCAUAUUGUUGCUAUAAUAAAUUAUGACAAACUUGGUGGGUUAAAACAAUA